AUGACAAUUCCCACAGAAAAGAUGGGUGAGUUGGAAACCUCUACAGACCCAGCUAAUAGCAAACAAGUUCUCGAUAAUGUAAUGCCAUGUAAAUUAAAUACAAGUAAUGACAGUACUCAAGAUGCAACCGAUAAUGAACAACUUAUGGCAGUCAGCAAUGACGAUUUUCUUGAUAAUGGCUCCAACAUAAACGAGAAAACCAACGAACAACAGGAGCCGAUGUCGGAGUCGGACACUGAUACAGGAAGCGGUAAUGACUCCGCUGACGGAUCUGAAUCUGAGGACUGCGAGAACAAUGAAUCUCUGGCACCGGAAGGAAAAUAUGUUGAAUGCAUACUGGAAAUAUACUUACAUAAGUACCUGCUCCAAAAUACAAUUCACUACAAAUACUGUUUCGAUAUCCGACAUAAAGAAGAUCCACAGAAGAACGAAUACGUGUGGGAAGACUAUCGUAACCGUAACAAAGGACAUGGCCUAGAUCAGAACAGAAAGUUCUUUAUAGAUAAGAACAUGCUACCCAAGGAUGAUUCGACAUGGCAUCAGUACGAUGGUGUCGCUGUUCCAGACGCAGAUGAAGGUGUAUUUAAACGCAUAGGUAGAGCUAUUAAAAAUUCCUUUACCGGUGAAAAUACAAAAGCUGCAAUGGGGAUUUGUAAGGAGUUUUUCUGUGAUUUCCUGCCACCGCUGUUUAAAGCACCAAUCCUCAAGGACUUAGACUUGCCAGUUAUUGGAGAUGAAAUCGAACAAGUAAAAAUGUUGAUGAAUGGACUGCGAAAUGUUUACGUUGUUGAUUACCAAUGCUGGCGCAACGCUGUGGAUUUUAAACACGAAACUAUCGAAACGUUCAUGACCACACUUUUGGAUGAAAUGUCAAAAGAUUCAUCUACUCAGACGAAUACAGCGCAAGUCAUCCAAGCCAUAGGCGUGGCUAUUGCUUGUCAUUGUUUAGAGAUACAGCUGUCGCAUAAGGCUUUGCGGAAGUUAUGUAAAUGUCUUUUGGUGACGAUAGACAACACCAAUAAGAGCGUCGUAGAAUGGGAACCGGUUAAAAGGCUGGUUAAUUCAGAUAAGUUGAAGAAAGCUUUAACAUGGAUUGCAAAGCAGUUUACGUCAUUGGGAGAUGUGAAAGAUCCAUCAUGGAUGUACUGCCUUCCACUUUUUCAUCUCGUGUUUGGAGUAUGUACUCCAUUUGAAGAAAAAACAAAAGUCAUUGACCAUGCCAAUGAUAAACCAAUAUGGUGGGGAGUAGCUGAAAUACAAGAUGUUGUGGCAUCUUUUAAAUCAAACAACAACAAAUCUUUGAUUUCCCUUGACACAGUAGUGAACAAGCUAAUUCCUUUAUUUGAAAUGGAUUUCUACUUGCCGCGGUCUAUCGUUGCAUCAUUCAGCUGCUCCGACCUUCAUAAAUUAACCGAACAAUGGGUCCCUAUAGAAGUGGCGUGUGCUGCCUUGGUGUACUGGACUAAAACGACCAGGGAAACAUACUCUUCUCUUUAUAACGAUAAUGAAAAGAAAGUCGAUGAAACAUUAAACGUAAUACUGGACAGAUUUCAGCGGGAAAGCUCUUCCGGAAAAGGAUUGAACUCGUCAUAUUGGAUGACGCAUAAGAUAUCAUAUGAUUUGGUAAUGGAGGCGUUCAGUCACCACCCAAACAGAGUCUCAAAGAGGUUGCGCAGUGUGAAAAUAUUCCUUCACUCUAGCGCGAUGUACUGCUCUUUCCAUGCGGAAACUGAACAAGACACUACGCGGCAAGACACUGAAUCAAAACAACUCAUAAAUACCGUUGUCACAAAAGGCAGCAAUUUUCUCACACAUAUAACAAAUGAUGAGCACUUACUUUGGGGAUUGGAAAAAACUUUAGAGAUCUGGAAUUCAGAAUUCAUUGAAAAUCCUCGUGCGGAUCCUGUUCUUCAGGAAUGGAAUAACUCCAUAUCAACAAAACUUCAGACUGUGUUAAAACAAAUGUGCACGAAUAGCUUAACGAGGGAAAAAUUCAUAGCCCACUUUUGCAGAGAUGGCGACAAAUACAACACAACUAUGCAUGCAUGCCUCGAAAACGUCGCAUUUGAGGUCAUUGAACACGUCCUGUGUUCCUAUUCCCCGAUAAGCGACACUGAACGGAUUCGAUACAGUGAUCUACUAUCAAGAUUUUUCAAUGAUAAUUGGGAACGAGCGUACAAGACACACGUUACAAUCGACAUUUUGCAUCUUGCUAUAACAUGGUCGCCAAUGAAGCACUUUGUUAAAAUACAAAAUCAAAAAACACUUACCUUCCAUGAAGGAUGUGUCGACAAAAUACAGCAAGUAUGUGCGACAAUCGAAAGUAUUCGCUACUCAAUACACGCAGGCUCAGUGGAUGUUAGGAUGCUUAAGUUUAUACAAGAACACUUAGAUCCUUUCUGUGACUUAGUUGCACUUAUGCAUAAAGAUGGUACCAUACAAAGACAGGUGACUUCUAGGUUGAUUCAUCUACGAAUGAAAGAGGUUGAAUCUUAUAAUAUUCUUGCAGAAUUAAUGAGGCGCUUUCUGACGUUGUGUGAACAGUUUCAGGGUAAGGAUAGUGAUACUGGUCAUGAACGUAAGUUUUAA